UACUAAGAAAUUAGAUUAGUUUAUAAUGAUGUUGAGAAUCCAGGGAUAAAAUAAAUUAACACUUUCUGUUCCACAGUUCAAAGGACAAACUAAAUUGAACUUACAUUUAAAUGCCAGUCAUCAGACAGAAAAACAUAUUGUUUUGUGACUAAACAUGGGAAGCAAAGCAAUGGAAAAUAGCAAUAUGGAAAUAACAACAAUGCAACACGCUACGCUGGAAGAAACUACAAUGCACCAAGGCACCACAAUUGAGAAUGACUACAUAUUAAGUCUUGUUCAAUGGGAUAUUACAAAAAGGCUUCUUCCAGUGAUAGUGAUCUUGUAUCUGUUGGUAACCAUAGGUAUAGUUGGAAAUAUUUUCGCCAUCGCUUUUUACGUACAAUCAUCCAAACGUACACCACCUUCUUUACUGAUAACGUGUUUGGCCUUCGCUGACUUAGGGACAUGCAUUGCAGCUAUUCCAAUCAUUUCCGAAAUGAUGGUGAACGUGAACUACUCUCUUGAAAUCGUAUGCAAGCUCACCCAUUUCCUUGGUCUCUGGUCUGGUGCUUGCGCUUGUUACGUACUAUGGUUAAUAUCAAUUGAUAGAUACAGAAAGAUUUGCUAUCCUCUAGGGAAACAAAUGACAGUUUCGACUGUGAAAUAUUUAGUGAUUGGAGUUACAUCAUUUUCAUUACUGUUAGCUGUGAGACUUCUUGUAACUUUUAAUAUCGUUGAAGUUGAGGUAAAUGUUGACGGUGUAAAUAAAACAGUCACUGGUCUAUAUUGCGCUGCAGACGAUGAUUAUGAUCUAAUUUCGCUUGUCUUCUACUCCAUUGACUUCUUAAUGAUCUUGAUGAUUUGGAUAACAGUGGUCGGGACGUACUCUAAAAUUAUAUAUACCGUUGUAAAGCGGAGACUUUAUUUGACAAAAUCCUCAUUAUCUAUACAAAAUAGCCUCUACGUCACACAAACAAGGAGUGUUAGGAAAAGUACAAAGAAUACCAUUUCCAAAAAGGAACGGAUAUUUAGUGAUAGAGAUACAGUGAAAGGAAUGAACUUUCAUAAGAUAGAAUUAGAUGAUAUAUCAACAUCUGAAAUAGGUACCAAUGAUACAGGGAUUUAUACAAUACCAAACCGUAACGAGGUACAGACAGAAAAACAAAGUACCAGUUCAGAAAAUCGACCUCAAAAACCUACUUUUGACUAUUCAAACGUGAGGAGUCCAUCUGAAGUUAAAAUAACCUUCAUGAUGUUUGCCGUGUCAAUGAUCUUCAUUCUUUGUUUCACCCCAUAUUUUGCAAUUCGCAUUUUCAUAAGAAUAGUGCUGCAUUCUGGUAAGGAAUAUGAUUUUAGCGCCGGUAUUCAAUUUGCUUUAAAAUUGCCAUAUGUCAACAGUGCCUUUAACCCGAUUAUAUAUUACAUUUUCAAUCCAAACUUAAGGCGAUAUGUUUAUGUUCGUCUGACUAAGUGUUGGUCUUAAAAAAAUCGAUGUGUGAGUUCUAAUUAUUUUUUUUUCAUAGACAACGUUAUUUUACUGAUCAGAAAACAAAUUGAACGAACGUUAGUACAAUAAUGGAAACGCGUUGUGUUGUUGAAGAAGAAGCAGAAGAAGAAGAAGCAAAAUACAGUAACAACAAAAAACAAACAAAAAACCCAAACAACCCUAAGUCACAAAAGCAAAACAAACAGCAAAAACAAACAAACAAAACACAAUAAGUUUAUUUAAAAAGAGACUCAGAUGCGGUAAAUGAACGAUGGUGAAAACGCGAUGGUACUAUGAUGAAAACACGAUACUUUCAGACUUUUAAUUCAAUUCAAAGCAUCUUCAGUUUGUUUAUAACUAUUACA